AUGUUCAAUUUUUUCUUUUUCUUUUCUUGUUGGAACUCGCUAAAGAAAAACAGAAGGCUUUUCUCUCGAUAUUUUGUCCGCAAUAAAUCAUCUUAUAUUUAUGGAUUUCCAUUCCCUGGCCUGAGUGUCUUUUUCUCUUGCCUCGUCGUCGUUCCUUCUCUUGCCUCGUUUUCUCUUUCUCAAAUAUAUUCUCUUCCUCGUUAUUAUUUGUUGUUUUUCGUCGUUUUCAUAAACUUCUCUUGCCUCGUCGUCUUCUCCUCCUUCUCUUGCCUCGUCGUCUUCUCCUCCUUCUCUUGCCUCGUCGUUUUCUCCUCCUUCUCUUGCCUCGUCGUUUUCUCCUCCUUUUUGCCUCGUCAUUUUUCUCCUCCUUCUUCGUUUUCUCCUCCUUCUCUUUAUGUCGUUUUUCUCCUCCUUCUCUUGCCUAUUUCUCCUCAUUCUCUUGCCUUUUGUUUUCUCCUCAUUCUCUUGCCUCUUUUUUCUUUCUCAUUCUCUUUUUUUUUCCUUUCUCUUUCCUCUUUUUUCUCCUCAUUCUCUUGCCUUUUUUUUCCUCAUUCUCUUGCCUCUUUUUUUCCUCAUUCUCUUUGCCUCUUCUCGUCUUUGCCUCUCAAUUUUCUCCUCAUUCUCUUGCCUCUUUUUUUCUCCUCAUUCUCUUGCCUCUUUUUUUCUCCUCAUUCUCUUGCCUCUUUUUUUCUCCUCAUUCUCUUGCCUCUUUUUUUCUCCUCAUUCUCUUGCCUCUUUUUUUCUCCUCAUUCUCUUGCCUCUCUUUUUUUUCUCCCAUUCUCUUGCAAUGGUUUUCUCCCUCAUUCUCUUGCCUCUUUUUUCUCCUCAUUCUUUGCCUGUCUCCUCAUUCUCUUGCCUCUUUUUUUCCUUUUUUUUGCCUUUUUUUCUCUUUCUUUUUCUCCUCAUUCUCUUGCCUCUUUUUUUCUCCUCAUUCUCUUGCCUCUUUUUUUCUCCUUACUUUGUUUUUAUGCGUCUCCUUUUUACUUUCUCUCUCUCUUUAAUUCUUUAUCUCCUUUUCUCCUUUUCUUCUCUUAUAUCUCUUCAAACUUUCCCCUCUCUCUUCACACUUUCCCCUCUCUCUCUGGGACUCCCCUCUCUCUCACGUUCCCCUGUGGACUUGGAUGUUCCCCCUCUCUCUCUUCAAACUCCCCCUCUCUCUUCUCUCCCUCUCUCUCUCUCUCGCCCCUAAAAAUCUUUCUCCGUCCCUUUCCCCUUUCUCUCUCCUCCCCCUCUCUCUCCGCCCCCUCUCUCUCUCUCUCUCUCCCCUCUCUCCUCUCUCCUCUCUCUCUCUCUCUCUCUCUCUCCUCUCUCUCUCUCUCUCUCUCUCUCUCUCUCUCUCUCUCUCUCCUCUCUCUUUCUCUCUCUCUUUCUCUCUCUCUCUCUCUCCCCUCUCUCUCUCUCUCUCUUCUCUCCUCUCUCCCCCUCUCUCUCCUCUCCUCUCUUCUCUCCUCUCUCCCCCUUUCUCUCUCCUCUCUGUUUUCACCCGUCUCUUUCCAUUUCUCUCUUACUUUCAUUAAGCAUACCACUUCAACCGGCAACCAACAAACUGUCGCGCUGUUACAUUUUCCGCUCUUUUCUCUUGGAAAGUCGAAAGGUUUUGCGCUUAAAGUCAAAAAUCCGUACCGCUUUUCUAAAGUGUUUCUUUCCCUCCCUAUAUUUAACAUCACUUUUCAUUAUAUUUUACUUACUUCUAUUUACGCUUUUUUUCCUACUUUCACUUUCUUUUCUACUUUCACUUUCUUUUCUACUUUCACUUUCUUUUCUACUUUCACUUUCUUUUCUACUUUCACUUUCUUUUCUACUUUCACUUUCUUUUCUACUUUCACUUUCUUUUCUACUUUCACUUUCUUUUCUACUUUCAAUUUCUUUUCUACUUUCUUCUAUAUUCCCUUUGAAUUUCUAUAUAUCAUAGUUGUUGCUUUCUCUUUUUAUUUUUGCGCGUUCGUUUUUCUUCCGUUUUUGUUUGCAUUAUGUUACCAUAUUUUAACCUCUCUUCUCCCACUCUCUCUUUUCCCUUUAUCUCUCUCCCUCUCUCUCUCAAAUCUCUCCCCCCCUUGCCCUAUCUCUCCCCCCUCUCUCUCCCCCUUUGCCUCUCUCUCCCCUCUCUCUUUAUCUUCUCUCCCCUCUCUCACCCCUUGCCUCUCUCUCUCUCCCCUCUCUCACCCCUUGCCUCUCUCUCUCCCCUCUCACACCUUGCCUCUCUCUCUCCCCCUCUUUUUACAUGGUUUGCCUCUCUCUCUCCCCCUCUCUCACAAAUUGCCUCUCUCUCUCUCCCCCUCUCUUAUCUCACUCCACACCUUUUUUCUCUCUCUCCCUCUCUUAUUUGCCUGCUCUCUCUCUCCCCCUCUCUCACCCCUCCUUGCUUUGCCUCUCUCUCAAAAACCUUUGCCUACUCUCUCUCCCCUCUCUCACCCCUUGCCUCUCUCUCUGGAAUCAAGAGUUACCUAUGCUGCCAAUGCGGUGAUGUCACAUUAUUCGUAG